AGCUCUCCGAACAUCAUGAAGUUGGAUCUGUUUCUUCUCCUUUGUCUCAGUGUAUCUCAUCAAUCAGAAAUUGUCAUGGUCUGAUGCUCAGAAGUUCUGCAGGACAAAGUACAGUGACCUGGCUAGGGUAAAGGACUUUAGCGUUUUGGCAAAGCUAACUAAUAUGGCAGUAGAUAGCGGUUUAACAUCAUGGCGCAUAUGGAUCGGACUGUACAACGACCUUGACAGUUGGCGCUGGUCUUUUAAUGACCUCUCACUGUCGAGUACAAACCUAACAAAUUGGUACUCUGGACAACCUGAUAAUUACAUGGGGCAUGAAGCAUGUGGAGGAAUCUAUGGUGCUGGGUACUGGGCAGACUGGGACUGUGCAGGACAAAGAUCCUUUAUAUGCUACGAUGCUGGUAACAGUGGUGCUGACAGAUUCAUAGGUGUCACUAAUCUUCAGCUCAACUGGUCUGAAGCUCAGACUUACUGCCGAACAUACUACACUGAUUUGGCCAGCUCCCUCACCCAGGCAGACAAUGACCUGUUAGCACAGAUAGUGUAUGUCCAGGGCUAUUCCUGGUUCGGUCUGUAUCGGGACACGUGGAAGUGGUUGAAUGGAACAGUGGCAUCAAACCUUCAGUGGAACCCUGGGCAGCCUAAUAAUGCUAAUCCCCAAGAGAACUGUGGGAUGUUGCAAGACAAAAUGAUGGGUGAUGAAAACUGCAACAGCCUACACUACUUUUUCUGUGAAAUCAUUCCACCAGUAAGGCAGCAGAUCAUGAAAAUUAAGGUGUCUGAUGUCAAGUCUGAUGGGAGUGUGUUUGAUGCUGCUUUUCAGCUGUCCAUUUUGGAGCUUGUGAAGAAGAAACUGUUGCAACAUGACAUGUUGGAGAACUCAACCGUGACCUGGAGGCUGCAGCCAGAUGAAAAACAUUUUUCCAAGAAAAAAAAAAAAUAGAAUGGACAAAACAUUCAUUGUAGUAUUUGUUAUUUAUUACUAUUGUAGCAAAUGUAGGGUCUUAGUCCUGUACAUUGUGCAUCAUACCAUUUAUUAUAUCCACAAAUUACACCACAUGCUUGUUUUCCAGCAUAAUUAUCAGGCUUUUCAAAGCUCCAGUACUGAAAAGUAACAUUAUUCAGUUGGAGGUGUUGAUAUCAUUGUACAAUCCGACCCAGGCAGCUGUUCCUAGACCUUUGCUUGCUGUUACUUUCUUCAUUUAUAACCAAUCAGUAUCACUUUUCCUGCCAGGUCAGUGUACAUCACCCUGCAGUGAUUCUGUGCAACAGGCAAUGACACUCUUGUCAGUAUCAGGUCAUAAUUGUGAGGGAGAGUUCCAAGGAAGGAUACAGUAAUUAGAAAAAGACCCAUUUUAAAAGCAUUUUAAUUUAUAAAACACAAAGAUACUUUACAACACUGUUCAGCAACUUGCAAAGACUAGGCACCAAAGCAAGAGUUAGCACAAAGGACCCAAAGAAUAGUCAGCUCAGACCAACAUACAGAAUAAUGAACAAAUUCUUUAUAAUAUUUUAUCAGAAAAAGACAAGUUGCAACAAAGAACUCCUCAUCUAUUUGUGUUUAUCUACCUAUAAGAUGUUAAAUAGUUAAACAUUGUAAACUUACACUGUUUAUUAUUUAAUUAAAUAUAUU